UUUUCCCUCCGCAUUCGUGUCUGCGUUCAGCCGUGGAGCAUGGCUGACGGUCCGGACUCGGACGAACCGCCCAGUGUCCGCUUCCCUCCGCUCAUUACCGUGUCCGACCUGCCCGCCUCCACCCCUGCAGGUCGUAACCUGAAGGAAUGGCUUCAGGAGCAGUUCUGCGACAAACCUCUGGAGCAGGAUGACAUGCGGCUCCACAACGCGGCUUAUGUGGGAGACCUGGACACCGUGAGGAACCUGCUGCAGGAGGACGGCUUCAGACUGCGCAUCAAUGAGAAGUCUGUAUGGUGCUGCGGCUGUCUGCCCUGCACCCCCCUGCGGAUCGCGGCGACGGCUGGGCACGCCGCCUGCGUGGCCUACCUGAUCGCCCAGGGAGCCGAGGUGGACCUGGUCGACGUCAAAGGCCAAACGGCUCUCUAUGUGGCGGUAGUCAACGGUCACUUGGACUGCGUCCGAAUCCUCCUGGAAGCCGGAGCCGAUCCCAACGGGAGCCGGCACCACCGCAGCACGCCGCUGUACCACGCCGCGCGGGUGGGGAGGGUGGACAUACUGCAGGAGCUCAUCAGAUUUAACGCUGACGUUGACAUGGACCACCAGCUUGGCCCGCGCCUCAUCCUCAGCGCUCGAACCCUGAACACGCUGGUGGUGUGUCCGCUCUACAUCAGCGCCGCCUACCACCACCUUCCGUGUUUCCGGUUGCUGCUCCAAGCCGGCGCGCAGCCCGACUUUAACUACACGGGACCGGUCUGCCACGAGGCUCUGGCGCGGGGCCUGGCCUCCUGCCUGCUGGACGCGGUGCUGCGACACGGCUGUGAGGUGACUUUCAUCCACCUGCUGCUGGACCACGGGGCCAACCCCGCCUUCGUGUCCUGGGACGAGUCUGAGCUGGAGGCUCCCAACCGGAGGAAGGUGGAUCCAGAGGCGCUCAAGGUUUUCCUGGAGGCUAAGAGAAACCCUCGUAGAUUGGCCCAUCUGUGCCGCAUCAGGAUCCGCAGAACGAUGGGCAAAAAACGUCUCAACUGCAUAUCCUCGCUGCCUCUACCAGAACCUAUCAAGAACUUCUUGCUCCACCAAAACUGACCCGAACUGUGGUUUUCCUCGUCUUGUGAAGCGCUCACCUUCAUCCUCUCAAAGUGCUCCCGAUGUUCAGAUGUUAGCACGCCAUGUUCUCAGGCGGUGAACCUCUGUCUGCGUCCUACAGUGGAUUAUUGCCUUGUGAUCUCUAAAUCCUCAGAUGUCUCUUGGUAUCUUUGAAUCUUAUGAUAGGAAAAAAAAAGCUUUCAAAUGUCUUCAAUAGAGCAGGAAAGGAAUAUUUAGAUGAACCUCCUAGAAUUAUGUGUGUUUUUUAAAUAGAUAUUUGAAUGUUAUUUAUGCACUGAAGCAGUUUUUUUUUGAACGUCUCUUGAGUGUCGGCUACACGUCUUUAAAAUGAGCUUUCCAUGCUGAAAAAACUCUUGUUCUUUUAUAGCCUUCAGAUAUUUCUUAUUUUUGUCUACUUUAAGGAAGAAUUUUCCAUAUUUGGACGGAACAUUGUAGUUGGAAACUGAUGAAAGAAGCCUUUUUUUCUCAAUAGCAGUGACAAUCUCUGUCAAAUUUAACUAAAAUGUGUAUUUUCUUUAUUUUAACCAGAAUGUUGCCUUCUCUGUUGCACCUAAUGUUUAUCGUGUGUGCAUGUUGAUAUAAAAAAACAAAUGUGUUAUUGUGUCUUUGUUUUAUACAUUUCACUAUAAUUUGCUUACAUUAAAUGUGAUCAGGAGAA